UCGUUACUGUUUUUUUUUUAUUUCUUCUUCUUUUUCUCUCUUCUUAAAAAAACCUCACUAAAAGAAGAAGAAAAAGAGAGAGAGAGAGAGUAAUAGAUGACCAAAUUGGAUUUGACGACUGAAUAUAUUUUAAAAGGACUGACAGAAAGGACGGAUAGAGAAGCAGUGAAAGUCAAGGACCACCGACAUCAAAAGCAGUGUGAGGGAACCCAUUUUAGAGUGGAAGAAAGUGAUCUAGUGUCUUAUUUCGAGACACUGACCUGUUUCUGUAAACGACCUGUAUCACGAUAUUAUACGUUGGAAUAUGGAGCUAUUUUAGAAUGUGCCAGCUACGACGAGACAAAACCAUUUUUCAAUCCACGUUUUGUUUGUGGGUUUCAUGUGCAUGAAAUUGCCUGGUUGCGAUUGUAUGAACAACUUUUACAAGGUUAUAUGAUUUGUUCACGUCUUGUUGAAUUAAGAGCCUGUCCCUUAUUUAAUUUCACCUACUGUGCCUUGUUUAAAGUUCACAAUGAUUAUCCAUCUGUUCCUGUGGGUUUACCUACUUGCUUUUGUCGAAAACCCAUAAAGAUGGUUCAUGAACAACAGGUCAUCAAGAAACAGCAAGAUACACUACUAAAAUACCUCGAACGGACCUCUAUCGAUCAACCCAACAAAAUCAUUACCAAUUUUAUCUGUGCCAAUCGAAAUGAACAAGGCGUAACCAAGUGCGACUGGAUGAAUUCAGCUGAUAUGAGUGUCUUUCCGAAACCUAAAAACAAAUUACAUUCUCAAGUCGAUCAUUCGACUUAUUAUGAAUACACUGCCUCGUUAAAAUCAGACGUCAGUGCUUAUCUAGCCACCACUCUCUUUUAAACUGACAUACCCCCCCCCCCCACACACACACACACACCCUUUCUCUACUACUAAUAAGCACUACUACUAAUAAUAAAAAAGAAGGCUACAUCUUAAAAUGUCAAAAUGUUUGACAUUUUAUAUAAAAGCAUGUUUCAUCCCAUGUGCUUGCACACCAAAAAAGUAAUUUUCCUGUAGUGACUCGUUCUUUUAUACUCUAUUAUCAGCUUUUGACACCUGCAGUAGACAAGAGGGGGUGCAACAGGAAAAAAAACAGCCCAGUGUGAUUGCUCUCUCUCUCUCUCUCUCUCUCUCUCGCUCUCUUUCAAAGGUCACACACUACUACUACUACAGCUCAAAAAGAAAAAAAAAAAAAAAAAAAGACAGUCCCUUUUUUAAAAGCGAUCUCAGCCCAAAAGCGGGAUCAAAAGGUAAAAACUUUCCCUUUUUU